AUGUAUAAUAGUAACCUAUAUUGCAUCUCCGGCGACGAAGACUCCGUCGUCCUCAGCCUUGGACUUCCUGGCCAACAAUACCCUAACCAUCACAAACCCACCAACACUAAACCUGCUUCUUCUAAUCAUCCAAUCGAUCAUCACGAGUUUGAUAAUCUCCCAUUAACAAACCCUAAUGACGUCACCGUUGCUCUUCAUAUCGGACCUCCGGUUUCCGACAAAGAAACCACUACCGGCGGGAGUAACCAAGAGGGUUUGACGGCGCGGCAGGGACAGUAUUGGAUCCCUUCGCUUUCUCAGAUCCUUGUCGGUCCCACUCAGUUCUCUUGUUCUGUCUGUAACAAAACUUUCAAUCGCUUCAACAACAUGCAGAUGCAUAUGUGGGGUCAUGGCUCGCAAUACCGAAAGGGUCCAGAGUCACUGCGAGGGACGAAAUCGUCAUCUUCAAUACUAAGGCUGCCAUGUUACUGUUGUGCGGAAGGUUGUAAGAACAACAUAGAUCAUCCAAGAUCAAAGCCUCUUAAAGACUUUAGAACGCUUCAAACGCAUUACAAGCGGAAGCACGGAGCUAAACCUUUCCGUUGCCGCAAAAAGUGCGAGAAAAUGUUUGCGGUAAGAGGCGAUUGGAGAACGCACGAGAAGAAUUGUGGGAAGCUGUGGUUUUGUGUUUGCGGGUCGGAUUUUAAGCAUAAAAGGUCUCUUAAAGAUCACGUUAGGGCUUUUGGUGAUGGCCAUGCUGCUCACACUGUGGGUGAUCGUGUUCUAGCCAUUGGAGACGGAGAUGAAGAUGAUGAUGAUGAUGAUGAUGAUGAUGAUGAUAUGGAGGAAGAAGAGGCAGAAGAUGAACGAGAUGAUGAUGGAGAAGAAGAAGAUGGUAAUGGAGAAAAUGGUCGUGGAGAUAAGAAUUAUGGGAUUAGAUAUGAUCAUUUUCGUCGUUAUGGUCAUUUCUAA